AUGUAUCAUGUUUCUUCAGAAAUUCAAGAUAAUUUUCCUAUUGAAGGAUCACAUGUUUCAGAAUGCUCUUUUAGAGCCCAACAAUCUGAUAUGACAUUCAUACAAGACUCAGAUUUAAGAUCUACAAUUGAAGAAAAUGCCUUUCAAGCCCUAUCUGAAGGAUUCCAGAAAAAAGUAAGACAUACAUUUUGUAUCCCUGGACCAAAUGAAGAUAAAGACCUUCUUCCAUUGACUUUUCCAAGAAAACUUUGGACACUCGUUGGAAGUGAUCAAUUUAAAUCUAUUUGGUGGGAUGAGUCCGGAACUUGUAUCGUUAUAGAUGAAGAGCUAUUUAAGAAAGAAAUUUUGGAAAGAAAAGCCCCUUUUAGAAUAUUUGAAACUGGAAGUAUGAAAAGUUUGGCUCGGCAGUUGAAUCUUUAUGGUUUUAGUAAACUGAGACAAAAUGUUCAAAGAUCUGCUUCUCUAGAUGAAUUUUUGGCAGAGGAAAAAAACAUCCCCCUUCUAAACAAGGUACAGUGUUACCAUAAUCCAGAUUUUAAAAGAGAUUGCCCUCACCUUUUAGUAAAUAUUAAAAGGAGAAUAAAGAGUAAAAGUGCUACACAUCUAUCUUCGGUUGAUAAAGAUUGCAGCAAGAAACCAUUUCCAGAAGAGAGAAAUUCAAAUAAUCAUAAAUCAAGAUCACGAGGUAAAACUAAAAAUAAUGGUUUACUUUCAAGUUCCACAAGUAUGCCUCCAAAAGAGACAUUUCCCAGUCAAAUAAUUGCUAAUGUAAAUGCUCCCAUGAGAACUGAAUUUUGUUCCCCUUCUACUUUAAUUGGACCAAUCGGACCAAAUGAGGCAGAUAAAUAUACUAGCAUUAAUCAAUUUGCUAUUUCAGUCACACAGUCCAGAUAUAGUUACACUCAAGGAAAUGGCUGUAUUGUGAACUGUGUUAAAACAACAAUGUCUUCUUCUCAGUGCCACAUAAUACCUUCAGUCCAGAACAACAAUUUUAGAAGGAUCAUUCUACCAUCAUCUUUUCCAUCAAUUAAUGAGACUCCUUUUCAAAAUGUGCAUCCAACAAGUAAUCUUUUUUGCCAAAUGCCUCUAACAACUGAUGCAUCUGAAGCCAAUUUUCAAUUAUCAAAUCAUCAAUCAUCUUCUGUAUAUCAAUAUCUUCCUAUGACAACUAGAGCUCUUCCUCAGAACACCUGA